UCUAUAAAAAUAAUUGCGUAAAAUAAUGCACUGUCCUUUUCAUGAAAUUGCUCAAUCACGCAUUUCCUCCCAUCUUUUUUAUUUUCAAUUGUCUUCCGCAUUUCAAUCGAAUCAUGGAGAAAUACUUACAUACAACAUAUGCAAAAAUUAUUGCGUAUUUAGAGGUGGUCACUAUUUACAUAUUUACGCAAUUUAUAUCUUGGCUUAAUUAUUUACUUAACUAUUUAAGGAGCAAGAAUUGUAUAGAGUUUUACAGUGCAGUUUUUAUAAGCAGUGAAGUCAAAGAUAAAACCAUCUGCAACUUAAAAUAAGUUCAAAUCAAAAUGAUACAAACGUCAAGUUUAAUUUGCAUCCUUGUGAUCGUCCAAAUUUGUGUGCAUACCAGUGCUGCAAAGCUGGACAAUACAAUUCAUGCAAAAUCAUUAUCCACCAAGGAUGAAAAACAGCAAGCCCGAUUUCUCGGCCUUGGAUUCGGCUCUGAUAUCAGUUUAGGAGUCGGAAUUUCGAAAUAUGGUGACCUUGGAGUCGGCAAUCCGUACCAUCAUCAUCAUGAACACGGUCACUACUACCCGGGUCACGGUUUUGGUCACUCUGGGGCCGGGUAUUAUGGAGGUCAUUAUGACUAUCCGAACCAAUUUUUCUCCGGGUAUUUUCCUCCUCACCACCACCACCACUUUGGAGGAAGAGGUUACCACCACUAUCAACAACAACAUUACCAUCACGGUAAUGCUGGAAUUUCGCCAUUUUUCGCUGGUGGAUUAGGAUCCCUGGCCAGUUUCGGGUUAGGUCUGGGCGGAGGUGGUUACUCGUUUCAUAAAUAAUUUAAAAAAUUGUUAUCAAUUAAUUAAUGAUUACCAAUUAAUUAAAUAAAAAUACAAUUUAAUC